AGUGAAGUGUCGUGUGUAAUAUGUGGUGUUAGUUAAACCAGAAUAUAGAGGAGAAGGGCAUAUUUCACAAGCGGUAGAGAUUAGGUCCUCUGCGUCGGAAGAUGGCGGAAGAUAGGGCGGGUAAACAGACGUUUAAGCCUGGACCUGGGUAUCGGCAAUUCAGUGGAAGGCAUGAAUUCCCGUCGAACAUUUUGCACGGAACAUUAGCUUGUGCGCUGUGGAUUGGAUCUAUGCAUUUCAACGUCUCCGUCCUCCUUUUCUCUCUCAUCUUCCUUCCUUUCUCCAAAUUUCUCUUGGUAGUUGGAAUCCUCGCGGGUUUCGUAAUUCUUCCGAUCGAUGAAAACAGUAGAUUUGGGCUGAGGUUGGCCAGGUAUGUAUGUAGGCAUAUGGCCAGUUAUUUUCCCACUACUCUCCACGUUGAGGACAUCAACGAUUUCCAUCCCGAUUGCGCUUACGUUUUCGGCUACGAGCCGCAUUCCGUGUUGCCGAUCGGAGUUGUCACGUUGGCUGAACGCACAGGUUUCAUGCCUCUUCCCAAACUGAAGUGCCUUACUUCGAGCCCCGUAUUUUACACUCCAUUUUUGAGGCAUCUAUGGACAUGGUUGGGUGCUUCACCAGCCACAAGGAAGAACUUCUGUUCCCUGUUGGGAAAUGGUUAUAGUUGUAUUGUAGUGGCUGGUGGAGUUCAAGAGACAUUCCUCAUGCAGCAUGAUUCUGAGGUUUCAUUCUUCAACUCUCUUCUUGUUCCAGAACGUGCAAUUGGUUUUAAUUUUUGGAUCUUACAGGUUGCAUUCCUCAAGGAACGAAGAGGGUUUGUUCGGAUAGCCAUGGAAAUGGGGUGUCCACUGGUCCCAGUUUUCGCCUUUGGUCAAUCACAUGCGUACAGGUGGUGGAAACCUGGUGGCAAGCUCGUCCUCCAACUUUCGAGGGCUAUCAAGUUCGUCCCCAUGCUAUUUUGGGGAGCUUUUGGAACUCCGAUACCCUAUCAACAUCCGAUGUAUGUGGUGGUUGGGAAGCCUAUUAGCUUGAAGAAAAAUUCCCAACCUACAAACGAAGAGGUCCUUGAAGUGCAUGCCCAGUUUGUUAAAGCUCUGCAUGAUCUCUUCGAGAGACACAAAGCUCGGGUCGGAUACGCUGAUCUUCCAUUAAGGAUUCUUUGAUUUGAACUUGGUCUAAUUUGGGUCGUUCCAGUUAAUGAUGUUUGCUUUAUUUGUCAAUCUCCUGUAUCGUUUUAGUACAAAUGUACAAUGCCAAUGCUUGAAAUAACUGUAAUAAUAAUGGUAAUAGAAUUGGA